GAGCCGGCGCCAGGGUUUUAGCGUGCUGUUUUGCACGCGCUGAUGCCCGGAGCUGUGAGAGGACCAUGGGCGAGCAGGAAACCCACGACAUGAAUGCAAUAACCUAUGAUGAUGUGCAUGUUGACUUUACUUGGGAAGAGUGGACAUUGCUGGAUCCUUCACAGAAGAGUCUCUACAAAGAUGUGAUGCUGGACACCUACCGUAACCUCACUAUCAUAGGAUACAGUUGGGAAGACCAUAAUAUUGAAGAACAUUUCCAAAGCUCUAGAAGACAUAAAAGGUAA